AUGUGCUUACUCCGUGAAGACAGUCCCCCGAGGUUGGAAUCAAACCCAGUACCAAAUGCCGUGACAAAUGUAAUCCUUGUCAAUCACAACACCACUUCAAUUACUCUGGGAUGGAACCGCCAGGCAGACUAUAAGGCUGACUACAGAUAUAAGGUGGAGACAAUUGGAGAUCCAUCUUCAAACAGCACUGUUAUUGAUGAGUCUGUUACAGUGGUGGAUCUGAACCCUGGGACAAAAUACACAUUCAGCGUGUUCACACUGGUGGGAGAUGGUACAUCAUCAGGUCCAGUCACAGUGUCUUUUACAACAGUACCAAAUGCAGUGGCUAAUGUAACCCUUGUGAGUCGCAACACCACUUCAAUCACUCUGAGAUGGAACCGCCAAGCAGACUAUAAGGCUGAGUACAGAUAUAAGGUGGAGACAAUUGGAGAUCCAACUUCAAAUAGCACUGUUAAUGUUGAGUCUACUACAGUGGUGGAUCUGAACCCUGGGACAAAAUACAUAUUCAGAGUGUUGACACUGGCGGAAGAUGGUACAGCAUCAGAUCCGAUCACAGUUUCCUUUACAACAGCACCAAAUGCCGUGGCUAAUGUAACCCUUGCGAGUCGCAACACAACUUCAAUUACUCUGAGAUGGGACCGCCAGUCAGACUAUAAGGAUGAGUACAGAUAUAAGGUGGAGACGAUUGGAGAUGUGUCUUCAAAUAGCACUGUUUCUGAUGAGUCUAUUACAGUGGUGGAUCUGAAUCCUGGGACCAAUUAUACAUUCAGUGUAUUCACACUGGCGGCAGGUGGUACAGCAUCAGAUCCAGUUACAGUUUCUUUUACAACAGAACCCAAUGAAGUACAGGAUGUGAUGGUGGUGGAAGCUGGCACCAACUUUGUAACCCUGAGUUGGAAUCGAUCCCCAGAUUUUAAGGAAGAGUAUGAGUACAUGGUGCUGACCAAGGGAAACCCAGCCCCUUUGGGUGAUAAUGGAAGCAUAACUGUGCCAAGUGAGAAUGCUACUGUAAAAGGACUGACGUCUGGAACAGAGUACAAUUUUACCGUAAUAACACUGGCAGCAGAUGGGACUCAGUCAGAUUCAGCGACAAUAUCUAACUACACAAGACCUGUCCAGAUACCGCCAGAGAAUAUUACAGUUGAGAAUAAUGGCACAACCAACACUUUGAUUGUCUCCUGGGUUUCUCCAUCCGGCAAUGUGGAUAAAUUCUUUGUCCUUGUUCAAGAUAUCAGGAGUUUAAAACAGCAAACCGACAGUAAGGAUUCUACAAUGCCGAUAACAUUCAUCGAUCUUCAACCUGGGCGAGAGUACAACGUCACUGUGAUUACAAGCAGUGGACCUUUCAAUGUAUCUUCUGAAAAUAAGCUUGGUAGAACAGUUCCCAGUAUUCCUGGAAAUAUCACUGUGACCAACUUCAACACUAAUUCUAUCUCACUAAACUGGGGCGCGCCUGCAGAUAUGGAAGACGGACAUUAUACUUUCAACGUCACCUACAGAGAUGAUUCCAAUACUGAGUCAAUAACAGCAAGUACAAACUCCACCACAAUUUCAAAUCUUAGUUCUGGAACUAAUUAUAGCAUUUCUGUGGCGACCAUUGGACCUGGUGAUUUGCAGAGUGGAUUUGUGAAAACGACUCAAUACACAAAGCCAAACCCAGUGAGGAACGUACAGAUUGUCAGUGUUACCACGAGCUCCAUAACUUUGAAUUGGUCCCAACCACUAGAAUAUAGAAAUGAGUAUUCAUAUAAGGUUGAGACCAAGAGAAUUGAAGCAUCUUCCAGUGACAGUAGAAGUGAAAUUGUAAGAGAUGAAAAUGCUACUGUGGAUAGUUUGAUCCCUGGAACUAAUUAUUCGUUCACCAUUAUCACCCUGGUAGCUGAUAACAUAUCAGCUGAUCCUGUGAUGGUAUCGAGCUACACAAGACCUGUCCGUAUACCAACCGAAAACAUCACAGUCAAUAAUAGCGGCAUGAUAAACACAUUGAUCAUCUCCUGGGCUGCUCCUCCUGGCAACGUGGAGAACUUUUUUGUAUUUGUUCAAGAUAUAAAAGAUUUGUCACUACAAGUCAGAAGCACGGAUACCACAUUGCCACUAACAUUCACCAAUCUUCGUCCUGGACGAGAGUACAAUGUCACUGUGAUAACUAACAGUGGGCCUUUCAAUGAAACCUCUGACUAUGUGCAAGUUGCAACAGUUCCCAGUGUUCCAGGGACUUUAAAUGUGACCAACUUUGGUACGACUUUCAUCUCAUUAAACUGGGGAUUACCUGAAGACAUGGAUGAUGGAAGCUUUGCCUUCAAUGUCACCUACAACAACGGUUCUGUCACUGAUUCUAUCAAGGAAAACACAACGUCCACUAACAUUACAAACCUUACUUCGGGAACUAAUUAUACCAUCUCUGUGGCCACAGUUGGACCUGGACAAUUCAAAAGUGACUUUGUGUCAACAACUCACUUCACCAAACCAAAUCCUGUAAAUGACCCACAAAUAGUACAGAUUGAGACAACCAGCAUAAUCCUGAGUUGGACAAGACCUGAGCAGUAUAAAGCUGAAUAUCGGUACAGGAUACUGACAGAUGGAAACCCACCACCCAUGCUUGGUAAUGGAAGUAAAACUGUAAGAAGUGAAAAUGGUACUGUGAUGGGACUGACACCUGGAACCAACUACACAUUUUCCAUUAUCACUCUGGCAAAGGAUGGCACUGAAGCAGACCCAGUUGUCCUAGCCAAUUAUACAGAACCUCUGAAAAUACCAGUAGGAAAUAUCACUCUGAGCCAUGAGGACACGACUGAUUCACUGACCAUUUCCUGGAUCCGUCCACCCGGAGGUGUUGACAGCUUCAUUGUUGACAUUGAAGAUUGUGCAAAUCCAGCAGAAUUCAGAAAUACCACCACAGUGUCAUCAUCAACAAAUAGUAUAGUGUUCAACAACCUACGCCCUGGAAGAUUGUAUUGUGUAAACUUGGCAACAAUAACUGGGCCCCAUCGCAUAACUUCAGAUUCUGUAAAAGAAGCCACAAUUCCCACACCACCUGGACCCAUAAACGUGACUAGCUUUACUACUUCCACCAUUGACUUUGAGUGGGGACGGCCUGAGAAUAUGGAUAUCGGAACCUACAACUUUACUGUUACUUACCACAAAACGCAAACAACUAAUAGUAACACCACCAAAUCUGAGGAAAUUAACAAAUCCAGUAUUGACAACUUAGAAUCCGGAACCAGCUACACCAUAACUAUUGUAACUACUAUCCCUCAAAAUUUGAACAGUAGCUCUGUAACAAGAUCUCAAACUACAAAACCAAACCCCAUCAGAAAUCCUGAAGUUGUAAGUAGCAACACCGUAUCAAUAAAUCUGACCUGGGAAGAGCCACUUGAGUACAAGAGUGAGUACACGUACAGAGUGAAAACAGAUGGAAAUCCAUCUUCCGAAAAGAAGGUCAAUACCAGUUAUAUUGUUCUCAGUGACUUGACGCCAGGAGCUAAGUUCACAUUCACCAUCUUCACCCUGGCAGCAGAUAGCACUAAAUCAGACUCUGCCAUUUUAGACCAGUGCACAGAGGCAGCUACAGUUAAUCCUUCUUCACUGAAGUGUACAGGAAUGGAGCUCCAGCCUGUCCUUAAAUUGGAGUGGGACUGUCCAACUGGAGUGAACACCGGCUUUGUUAUUAAAGCAGCAAACUCCAGCACUCUCCUAACUCAUAAUGCUUCGAGCUGUGCCUCAGGAAUUCAAGAAUUCAUGCUGAACGAUAUUGCAUUCUUCACACACUAUUCAUUGAAUAUCACUACCGUGUCAUGUGGUGCAUCGAGCACACCGACCAGUAUCGACUGCACGUCCGGCAUUACACACCCACCUGUGCCUGCUGGUAAAUUACAAGUGCCAAGUCCAGAAGUUACCCACAAAUCCAUUACAUUCGAGAUCAGAGAAAAUGCAUUUAGCUCCGACAAUGGGCCACUUGAAGCAAUUGCUGUGAUUGUUACAAAAGAAGAUAACAGUAGAAGCCCUGAUGCAGCAGCUCUUGAAACAGUGUAUAGUUCUGUCAGUCCAACUUACGUAACUCAAAUUGUCAGUAUUACUAAUGCAGCUCGGAUAACUAGGGGACCUGCUUUGUCUGCUCCCAUCACUGUCGAUGUAGGCAACAAUGCUAAAAGUCAUGGAUAUGUUAAUCAAGAGUUGACUCCUUUAACCGCAUACCGAGUCAGCUUGGCUGGAUUUACAAAAAUAACAUUUAAUUCAGACGAUAAAAUCAAUUCAAAUGCAUCCUUCUACUCGGUGUAUGAAUACUCGGAGAAGAUUUUCUUGAAACAAAAUCCAGAUGUUAUUAUUGGAGCUGUGGUCGGAACCAUCCUAGGUGCAGCAGUCAUAAUCCUCUUGGUUGUGCUGCUUUUCUUGUGGAAGAGAAGAACCAAGUCCAACAAUGGGAAUUUAAUUCCAAUCCCGAAUAUCAGGGAAGCAAGGCGUGCCAUUAAUGUGGACUACUUUGAAGGAUAUUUCAGUAAACAGCAUGCUGACUCUGACUGUGGAUUUGCUGAGGAAUAUGAGGAACUGAAGACAAUUGGAACCUUUCAGUCAACGCAAGUCGCCCAGCAACCCCUGAACAAGCCAAAGAAUCGUUAUAAUAAUGUCUUGCCCUAUGAUGCAAGUCGAGUUAAACUCUCUGUCACUGCAGACCCAUCAAGUGAUUACAUCAAUGCUAAUUUCAUGCCGGGCUAUAACUCAAAGAAAGAGUUCAUUGCUGCACAGGGACCACUAAUGAAUACAGCCAGUGAUUUCUGGCGAAUGAUUUGGGAACAUUAUGUGCCAGCUAUCGUCAUGCUUACCAAAUGUGUGGAGCAAGGAAGGGCAAAAUGUGAGCAGUACUGGCCGACCGAACGCCCUCUCAUCUUUGAAGACAAAAUUGUUACUUUGACAUCGGAAAUAGUUCUCCAGGACUGGACCAUCAGGGACUUCACAAUAGUAAAGGAUAAAUCUGGAGAGAAACGUGCUCUCCGGCAUUUUCACUUUACAGGUUGGCCUGACCAUGGAGUUCCAUCCACCACUGGAGUCCUUAUUGAGUUCCGGAACCUUGUGCGACAGUACAUCAAUCAGUACCCAAUGAGUGGACCCACUGUAGUCCACUGCAGUGCUGGAGUUGGUCGAACAGGGACGUUUAUUUCCAUCGAUCGUGUGAUUUAUCAGAUCGACAAUGAAAGAAAGGUUGAUAUCUGGGGGAUAGUUUAUGAGCUGCGAAUGAACCGGCCACUGAUGGUACAGACUGAGUCGCAGUAUGUCUUCCUGAACCAAUGUGCCAUGGAGUACAUCAAAGCAAGCAAACAGAAACCUGAUGAUAUAAUCUAUCAAAACACUCCAGCCCUCAUCUACGAGAAUGCCUCUGCCAUUCGAGCAGCUCACGGGGCCAAUGGCCACGCACUUUAAUGGGAACAGCCUUGGAGCUGCCUUUUUUAAUUCAACUGCACCUUUCACUAAUUUUAUUUUGUAAAUUACAAAUGUUUAUUUUUUAAGAGGAACAUGUGUUCAUUCAUAAGACAUGUUUAAAAUGUGUGCCUUUUUAAUGCUGAUUUGCGAAUUUUUUUUCAAAAUAUAAAACUGUAGAAUAAUAGCUGGGAAAUACCCAGGAAACUGUAGGCAAUCUUUGCCAAACCUUCCACAACUUGAAGGAACACUUUGAGAAUCUUCCACGUAAUUCAUUGCAUUUUUUACAACACUUUUCAUAGGUGUACAGAUAUGGGUACUCUCUGUAAUUUCACUUUUUAUGUGCAAGGUAAGCACUUCUAGGUAACACUAGUUAGCGUCUGAAAUAGAGACUUUCUUUCACAGGAGUGUCUCAAAAAUAUUGAACCUUCCCAUCUUUCUGGCAAUUCUAUCAACUUAAUAAUUUAUCCAAGCCACUGAAGCACAAUGUCUGCAGGCUUUAUUCUUAUAAAACACGCAGAAAUGCAAAACUUUAAAGUUAUCACUAGAAUCUGGCACAAACUGUGAAAGUUGUUUCCUAACGUGGAUCUCCCAUAAGUGCAGUCAUGAAACCUGAUAACAUUGAAGCCACUUUUCACAAUGAUUGCUUUGUUCAAAUCAACCUAAUCAAAAAGGAGCUCUUUCUGGAAAGUAUCAGAGCAUCAAAUGAAGUGGGGAACAUGUUUCUGAACUUAUUGGUUAUCAGUGUUCACUAGAUCACCCAGCAUGCCCUACAGGAUAAAAUUAUUUGAUUCUUCCAUUUUCCAUUUCUGUGGUGAAUAAAUGUUCACCAUGCAUUAUAGCACCCGAAUCAAUAUGCAGUCAGCCUGCAAGUUAUUCACCGACUUAACGAAGCUGUUUCUCAUACAUUUUGAAUAACCUACGUCUUACUAGGCUUUACUCAAAUGUACUGAGCUUUACAUUGUAACUAAUGGACAUAAGAAUAACAGGAAGCAGUUUAGACAGCAGAGAGUCCAUUCUGCACAUAUGCACCUCCUGAAUGACCCGCUGAAUGUAAAGUCACUCCUGGAUUUGGAUAUCCAUAAAACAUUGUAUAAAACAAAAUGUUUAUUUUGUCUUGCAAAUUUAAUAUUUUAAUUGCUUUCAACACUGAAACAUAUUUGAAUUGAGCCUUUGAAGAACCUGUUUCGGAGCAGUCAGUCUUGGCGAAUGCCGAGAGGCAGUUAAAUCUGAGUUUAUUUUCAAGCAAGUCAUGAGAGAUCUUUAAAUCAGGAUGAUCAGGUGAAGUGUCACUGUACUAAGCAGUAGUGGGAACCUGUCAGUGUGAGCCAAUAUCUUUAAAUAUAUUAGUUAAUAAGUUGAAGGAGUAUACUAUGUACAUUUUGAAUCUUGAACUUGCAGUGAAGAAGUGAUUAAAUGUUUAGUGUCAAUGUAUUUUAUAGCUUGAUGCUCAGUCUUAGUAACCUAAUUUCAGAGCUGAUGCAUCAAUCUGUUCUAAGUUUGGGCAGUUAUGCAUUUGUAAGAUUUUAGUCCUGUAGUGAAUAAGUGAAAGUCAGCAAACCACAUCCAGUUACGAUCACUUUGUAACUCAUGCAUUAUCCAAAGCCAUCAUUACAGCCGGAGUAUUUUCGUUAUUCUGUUUAUCAUGAAGAACUUUAAAUGAAACACAUGCUUUAUUCAGGGAUUAGAAAGCUACCACAUCAGUGGGAAUUGCUGCUUGGGAAAAGGGCUGACCCUCAAUCAUUGUCACUAUUUCUUUCCAAGCUGUUACCUGGCAAAUAGAUUGGCAAUUACUAAAUAAUCACUCGUGGGUAUUGGCACUGACAUGAGAUUGUCUGGAAAUAGUGAACUAUUUGACUUCGUUUGGGAAUGGGGAAUAAUUGACAAAGCCAAAACUUGGUUUGAAAUUUUAAAUAAAAGUGGAUUGAGCAAUGAAAUUGUGUUAAAUUGGAAUUGUUUUAAAAAACUGAAACUAUCAAUUUUAAUUUGGAAUUUGGAGACAUUGGAGAUGAGUUACUUGUAUGUUAAGUUAUGGAGUUUGGGGGAAAGUAAUUAUGUUUAUAUUUUAAGAGAUGGCGGUGUUGGACUGGAGUGUACAAAGUUAAAACUCACAGAACACCAGGUUAUAGUCCAGCAGGUUUCAUU